AAAUUUAAUGCUCAAAUGGAUACUAUUGAUACAUUUAAUACAGAAAUAUUGGGUCAUCUAAUUAAAGAAGUUAGGGUAUUAUUUGCACGAGAGUUAAUGUCAUCUAAGAUUAGUGAAGACGAAGUCACAAUUAAAAAAUCAAAAAAAUCUAAUGAACAACCUAUAUUGGAAGAAAUAUAUUUCGCUAUAAAAGUAUGUGGAAUUGUUGAUGCUAAAGUUAAAAUUGAACAACAAUGUCAAUUAAAAUUAUGUAAGGGUUCUACUGCAUAUCCAAUGUUCUUAAAAUUUUCGCAAUAG